AUGCCCGAGUACCACUUACCGAUCUCGUUUCCGACGAAUCCGGAUUACUCGCGGCAAGCCGUCGAGGUACCGGGCACCAGGAAACCUGGGCAGACAGCCGCGUACCCAUUCAUGACCCUGGAUUCUCCUGGCGCUCUCACGACAUGCUGGGAGAUCUUCGAGGAGGGUCUGCGCAGAUCGAAAGGAGGCCCGGUGUUUGGCCGGCGUCCCCUCGUCUCCAAGGAGCCUCUCAAGUUCGCGGAUCGUUAUGAAUGGGAGUCUUGGCCUCGGAUCGACGCGCGGAGACGAGCAAUCGGCAGUGCCCUCCAUAGUCUGUUCAAGAAGGGGACACUGGGCGGCGGACAACUGGAGACAGUUGGUAUCUGGAGCAAGAAUUCCCCUGAAUGGCAACUCGUGGAUAUGGCCCUGCAUGCAUAUGCAAAGGUAGGUGUCGCGUUGUAUGACACGCUGGGGAAGGAUGCAGUCGAAACAACUGUCGUCUUCGCUACAUCAGACCACGUGCAAUUCUUGUUGAAUGUCGCGCCCAGUGUUCCCGGAAUGAAGAUGGUGGUUAUCAUGGAUGACAUCCCAACCGAGAGCAAGAACAUCCUCGUUGCAUGGGGCAAGGAUAAGAAAGUACAAGUCCUGGAUUUGUUUGACUUGGAAGCGAUAGGUGCAGCUGAUCUGGUCGAGCCUGUCAAGUCCAGACCGGACCAACUUGCCACGAUCUGCUAUACCUCGAGUACUGAGCCCGAUCAAGGCGCAUUGUUGACCCAUGGCAAUCUCGCCAACGCCGUCCACGCCCAGCUGAGUGGGUACGUCCCAGAUGGUGACAUCUGUGCCAUUUCCUACCUGCCCUUGGCACACAUCUAUGAGCGUGUAAUGGCGCUUUGCAACCUUGCUAUGGGCGGGCGUAUCGGGUACUCAACAGGCGACCCGCUGAGACUGCUUGAGGACAUGCAGAUCCUCAAGCCGACCUUCGUCGCCACUGUUCCUCGCGUGCUGAACCGGGUGUACCAGGCGGCGAUGGCCAACGCUUCGGCACCCGGCUUGAAGGGCGUGCUCUUCAGACGCGCGACGGAGGUAAAACUACAACAGCUGCACGCCACUGGACAGCGGACACAUGCCCUCUAUGAUCGCCUGGUUUUCAGCAAGGUUGCUGCCGUGUUCGGCGGUAGGGUCCAACUCAUGUAUGGCAUGACUGAGAAUGGCGGCACCUGCACGCACGUAUGGCAGUAUGAUCCUUCCUCCGGCGGCACAGUUGGGCCGCCGCUCGCCAACACGGAGAUUAAGCUGAUUGACGUUCCGUCGAUGGGCUACUUCUCCGAGGACAAGCCAUCCCCACGAGGCGAGAUCUGCUUCAGAGGUGACCACGCUUUCAAGGGCUACUACAAAGAUGAGAAGAACACGAAGGCUACUAUCGACGCGGACGGGUGGGUUCACACCGGUGAUGUCGGCCUCAUGGACCAGCAUGGCAGACUGAAAAUCAUCGAUCGCGUCAAGAACAUCAUGAAGCUGGCGCAGGGCGAAUACGUCGCGCUCGAGAAUAUCGAGAAUGUCUACAGCUCAUGUCCGCUCGUCGCGCAGAUCUUCGUGCACGGCGACUCGCUGCAGUCGUACCUCCUCGCCGUCGCCGUGCCCGACCCUAUGGGCCGGCAUGUGUCAUCGAGUGACAUCCCGGCGCUGGAGGAGUCGCUCAGCGAUCCCAAGGUCAACGCUGCUAUCCUCUCGGAGCUCACGAAGACUGCGCAGGAGAACAAGCUGAAGGGCUUCGAACAGGUCAAGCGCAUCCACCUCACCAUGGAGCCGUUCACCGUCGAGAACGGUUGCCUGACACCGACGUUCAAGAUCAAGCGGAAGGAGACGUACGAGGCAUAUAAGAAAGAGCUGGACGCUCUCUACGCUCUGCCUCUCCCUGCAUCGUCCAAGCUGUGA